AUUACAUACGUUGUAAUUAAUCUAUAUAAUAUUUUACACAUUAUAUUUAUGCACGCAUAAUCGAUCCCUUAUCUCAAAUGUAUAAAUAAGACCCAACCCACCCAUCAUUGUUUUGCCUCCUACUUAAAAACGUACAACACAAAAACAUUUAGUUAAAAACCCUCUUUUCCAAUGAGAGACUCUUCAACAACUGCAUCCACCAAAUCCUCACCGUUAUGGAAACCCUUUGCCUCAAACUGUUGUUCCGUUGACGACCAAACCAUCUUUGGCAAUUUCAGCCGUUGCCGACCUUCGAGAUCAGAAUUCUCCAAGAACCAUCUCGGACCACUUCCUUCUUUCCGCCGGCUCUCUUUCACUGAUCUAAGCCGGUCUUCGUCGGCUAGGAUCAACGAAGAUCUGGCACAGACUCUCGGAGCUGAUUUAGUGGAUUUUCAGAUGUGUGAACUGAAGAUGAUCACUCAGAGUUUCUCCGGGAACUAUCUUCUAGGAGAAGGUGGGUUUGGUAAAGUGUAUAAAGGUUAUGUUCAUGAGAAUCUCCGACAAAGCCUCAAGGCUCAGCCUGUUGCUGUCAAGUUAUUGGACAUUGAAGGGCUUCAAGGACAUCGUGAAUGGCUUUCUGAGGUCAUACUUCUUGGACAAUUAAAGCACCCGAAUUUAGUCAAACUUAUUGGCUACUGCUGCGAAGAAGAGGAACGAGUACUCAUCUACGAGUUUAUGUCACGUGGUAGCCUAGAAAAUCACCUCUUCAGACGGAUAUCACUAUCGUUGCCGUGGGCGACGCGGCUGAAGAUCGCGGUCGCAGCUGCUAAGGGUUUGGCGUUUUUGCAUGAUUUGGAGAGUCCAAUCAUUUACCGUGAUUUCAAAACUUCUAAUAUACUACUUGAUUCGGAUUUUACUGCAAAACUCUCAGAUUUUGGUUUGGCAACAAUGGGGCCAGAAGGAUCCAAAUCUCAUGUCACAACUCGAGUCAUGGGUACUUAUGGUUAUGCUGCUCCUGAAUAUGUUUCAACAGGGCAUUUAACGACAAAGAGUGACGUGUAUAGUUAUGGCGUCGUUUUACUCGAGCUCCUAACGGGAAGAAGAGCCACAGAAAAGGCACGACCAAAAAACCAGCAGAACAUCAUCGACUGGUCAAAGCCUUACCUAACGAGCAGCCGCCGUCUCCGAUGUGUUAUGGACCCAAGACUCGCCGGGCAAUACUCAGUCAAGGCGGCUAAAGAUACAGCUCUUCUCGCAUUACAAUGUGUGAGCCCUAACCCUAAAGACCGGCCCAAGAUGCUUGCCGUAGUGGAAGUUCUAGAGAGUCUCAUGCAUCAUAAGGACAUGGCGGUUUCUUCGGGUCACUGGCCACUUUCUCCUAAAUCUCAAGGCGGAAAGGUUUCGGCGAAGGUUCGAGGGGAUAAUCGGAGUGGUAGGAAAUCAGCUCCGGGUUCGUUAAGAUCGUGAACUAAAUAGGGUUGAAUGAACUUUUUUUUUUUUAUAAUAACAUGUGGUGUGUGUAUGUGUGUAUAUGGUCAUACGUAUCUAAAGUGUGUGACAUAGUGAGAGAAAUAUGACUCCCACUACGAAAAACAAUGCUAUGAACAUAAAAAAACUAUAGUAGAUUAGGAUCGCACAUGUUUUUGUAUAAAAUAUUUAAUCCAAUUGGCUUUGAUA